CCUUCCCAGGGGCCCUAAACACACCUAGAACCGUCCCAUUAACGUUAGUAUCUUGGGGUGCUCAGCCCCAUCCUCGGUUCAGAGGGCCAUAGUACACGGUCCUCUCACCCCAGAACGCUGACGCUUUAAGGCCAGGUCGCACCUCGUUCUUUCUGGCCAAUCAGGAGCCACGUCCUCCGGCGUUUUCCUUUCCUGCCCCGCCUCCUCCCGUCUCCAUGGGAACGCUCCGAGUGUCUACUCCGAGGCCUGGGGCUUCGGUUUUGGUCAAGCAGGACUGCGGCCAUUGUUUAUUUAGACGGUGUAUUUGGGCCGGUCCCCAUCCCUCUCCAGAGGCUCCGGACCUGUAAUCAGCAACGGAGGACCAGGGUGGCAAAGACUCAUGCCCCCAUUUUACAGCUCAGCCUUCUCAACACUCCACGCUUCCCCCAAAAAGGAGCACAAAGAAGGAAGGAAUGGUCACUAUUUCCCUCACAGUCUGAUCCCAGAUUUCUUCUUCCUGGAAAGCCUGAUCUUCGACCAGAUGGCAGUAACAUUUGAAGAUGUGACUGUUAAUUUUACUUGGGAGGAGUGGAAAUUCUUGGAUUCUUCUCAAAAAAAGCUCUACAGAGAGGUCAUGUGGGAGAACUACACAAAUGUCAUGUCAGUAGGAAACUGGAAAGAGAGCUACAGACUCCAAGAAGAAAGAUUCAGAUAUUUUGAACAUGAACAUCUUUCCUGCUGGCAAGGCUGGAGGAAUGCCAGCACUCAGAUAUAUGAUAAUCAGAACUAUGUGGAAAUAGUUCAAGGUAUAGAUUCCAAAGACCUAAAGCAGCAACACCUUUCUCACGCUCAAGAAUGGUUAAUACUCUUCACACAAGGACCAGGGUUUGGGAACUAUGAACUGACUUUUGAAGGUAAAAUUCCCAGGAACUUAAAAUAUACGAAGUUUAUACCUUGUCAAUCCUUAGAAACAAAACACACUGAAGACAAUGGUAGAGAAAUCUAUGUGAGUGAUUCACGUGGUUUUCAAGGACGCAGAUACCACGUUGUCAUAUCCAGGAAAAAUCUCUCUGUGGAAAGAGAACAGAAGCUCAUAGGUCUGCAUUCUUAUAUCCCAGGAGAGGAAGCCCUUCCAGAGUACAUUGGGGAGAUAUGCCAAAAUGACCUGCUGAAAGGCUCUGUGGAAGAGAAAUACUGUGGAUAUGAUAAAUGUAAAGAAAGUUAUUAUUGGAACUCACAGUGUGUUCACAAGAGAAAUCAACUUGGAGAAAAGUUGUAUCCAUGCUCCAUCAGCACAGCAUGCUUCACUCAGAGAUCAGACCUAUACAGACAUCCAAGAAUCCACAUAGGUAAGAAGCCGUACAGAUGUAAUGAAGGUGCCAGUAAUUUUAGUCAGAGCUUCGGUGUUCACUUUCAUCAGAGAGUCCACCCAGGGGAGAUACCUUAUAUAUGUAAUGUGUGUAGUAAGAGCUUCAGUCAGAUCUCCAGUCUUCACUGUCAUCAAAGAGUCCACACAGAAGAGAAACUCUAUAGACUGCAGUGUGAUAAGGACCUCAGUAGAAAUUCAUUACUUCAUAUUCACCAGAGACUUCACAUAGGAGAGAAGCCUUUUAAGUGUGAUCAGUGUGGUAAGAGUUUUAGUCGGAGUUCAGUACUUCAUGUUCAUCAGAGAGUCCACACAGGAGAAAAACCAUAUAAGUGUGAUGAGUGUGGUAAGGGCUUCAGUCAGAGUUCAAAUCUUCGAAUCCAUCAGUUAGUCCACACAGGAGCAAAGUCCUAUAAAUGUGAUGACUGUGGUAAGGGCUUUACCCAGCGCUCAAAUCUUCAAAUCCAUCAGAGGGUGCAUACAGGAGAGAAGCCUUACAAAUGUGACGACUGUGGGAAGGACUUUAGUCACAGCUCAGAUCUUCGCAUUCAUCAGAGGGUCCAUACAGGGGAGAAGCCCUAUACUUGUCAUGAAUGUGGGAAGGGCUUCAGCAAGAGUUCCAAACUUCACACUCACCAAAGAGUACAUACUGGAGAGAAACCCUAUAAAUGUGAACAGUGUGGGAAGGGCUUCAGUCAGCGUUCUCAUCUUCUCAUUCAUCAGAGAGUCCACACAGGAGAAAAACCCUAUAAAUGUGAUGACUGUGGAAAGGGCUUUAGUCACAGCUCAAAUCUUCACAUUCAUCAGAGGGUCCACACAGGAGAGAAGCCUUAUCAAUGUGCUAAGUGUGGUAAGGGUUUCAGCCAUAGCUCAGCUCUUCGAAUUCAUCAAAGAGUCCACAUGGGAGAAAAGAUUCAUAAAUGCCAUGAGUAUUAUAAGGGGUUCGAUCAGAAUUCACAUCUUCACAGUAAUCGCAGAAGAAAAACCUUAUAAUUCUGUUCAUUUAGUUAUAACAGCUUUAAUCAAAGCUUCACCUUAAGCCCAGUAAAUGCUGCUGGGAAGAAAAUUCUGUAAAUAACCCAAAUAAUCCCAAGCAACAUUUAUUGUUUCCCCUAAUUCCUACUAAAAAUCAUUUGCUUCAAGAGGAGAUCCUUAGGAGGAUAUUUUAAAUUAAAAUGUAUUUUCUUUUUCUACAAUAAAUAUUAUGCAUAGUCAUUAUAAAAUAUAUAGAAGAGUCAAGAAGAAAACUUUUCAUCCUGUUUCAUUCUAAGCCUUUUUUCCUGUGCAUUUUCAUGUGCAUGAAGUCAUAUUGUAUGUUCAAUUUUAUAUUUUCACUGACUUCAAAACAUUUUCUUAUAUUUUGGUUUGAAUUGAAAUUGGCUAGCUAUAAAUGAAAUAGCAUCUUGACUCACCUGUAAAGUCCCUAAGAAGCUACAGAAAAAAAAUGAAAACACACAAAACUUGAAACUCAAACUGGUAGACAGCAAGUUCUCAAAUGUUGAAGAACUAACUAAAGGGCCAGUAAAUUCGGAAAACAAUGUAUGACCCUUAUCCAAGAUAGGGUAUCUUAGAGAUGUUAUUUCUGUCACCCAGAAAACUCAAGAACCAGCCUUUUUUUGCAGGGGUGCUGCACUAUGAGGUUACCAUAAUACACUCUCACCCAUUCCCCUUCCCAGUUUUCCACAUUUAUUCAUAGGUUCAGACACUAGGAGGUGUGGAAAAAUUCUGGUUUUCUAAAAAAACCAAAGAGGGAAAAUGGAUAAAGACCUCUGCAACAGUAAUUGUCAAAAGACAACAGAAUAACACCUUCAGAAUUGUGAGGCUGAAAAAUGUUAUCGCCCAUAGUUUAUCUUAUCAACUAAAUUGUCUUUUAACGUUUGUAGGUAACAAAUUAGAUAAGAAAACAGAAAACAUAUCAAAUAUGUACCUUUCUUAAAGAGAGCUCAAGAAUGUGGAAGUCAUAGUGUAAAAGAACUGGUAAACACUAAAAUCAGUUAAACAUGCAGUUAAGUCUUGAAUAAUUGUUAAUUUGUUUACAAAACUUCAAAACUAUUAAAUAGUUGUACAAGAAAAUAUUUAAUAUACAAAUGUUGAGUAUAAAAGCAUUAUAUCUUAAAGUCUGGAUGGGAAAGUAGGGUUAUCAGAUAAAAUCCAGGACACCCAGUUAGGUAUGAUUUUCAGAUAUACAAUGAUAAUUUUUUAGUAUUAAGUAUGUCCCAAAUAUUGCAUGGAACUUAUACUAACAAAUUAUUUGUUCAUAUAAAUUCAAACUUAACAGCACCCUGUGUUUUUAUUUGCUAAAUUUGGCUACCAAAUGAGGGAAGGACAGCAAAAGAAAGUGUGCUACAUCUCUGACCUUAAAUAGCAUGGAUUCAUUACACUUUCUUCUUGACUUUAACAACUCUAGAAAUAAAGGUCUAAAUAUUUUUUUACAAAGUUAGAAAUUGCAACUAAAAUAACUAAAAACAUAUUUCUUUCAAAACAGAGAAGAUAAAAGCAAAGAAUAUUCAGUGCCUAUAGCAAAAGACAGAAAACAAAAACAACAUGAAGAUGAUCUAAAAAAUUGGAGAACAUGGAUCAAGGUGAGAGGAAAUCAAAUUUAUCAAAAUAGGUUAAAUCUCCCCUUAAAAAGUUUUGAAAACCCUUGAUUGAAUUAAAAUGUUACUUAUAUGCUAUUACAACAGAAAAGAUUAAAGCAAAAUGAUAUUGGUCAAUUGACCAACUUUCAAUUGAUUGAUUGCUCAAUAUUGAUUUAUUGAUAUAAAAGAAUAGGCAAAUGUUUAUUAGGCAAACAAAAGCAUGCCUACAAUAUACUUUUAAAGGUUAAUUUUAAAUGAACUGAUUAAACCCAUUAAGGUGGGUAAUAAUAUAAAAACCAAGUUUCCUAAACUCUUGUAAUAAUCAGAAAAAUACAAUGGGUGCAAAAGAGGGUUUGAAAUACUAAAAUUUCUUUAAAAGGAACAAAUAGCAAAAAUAUAGAAUGAAAAUAAUGAAAAACAAAACAUUUAAUUGAAAAUAAAGGGACUUGUAUAGAGCGGAUGUUCUUAAUUUAUAGAUUUAUUUCCAAUCUCAUCAAAAUCCCAAUGAGAUGUGAAAUUGAAAAAAGUAUUCUAAAGUCUUUUAAGAAAAAUAGAUAUUGGAGAAGAACAAAGAUAAUUAUAAGAACGAUUAAUGAGAUUGCCCUAACAUAUAAUAAAUGAUAUAUUGAAGUUAAAAUAUUGAGAACUUGAUUGUACAUUUGAAAAAAUGUUCAGGAUGCUCAGUUAUUACUAAAUAGCUUAAAAAUAAACCAGUAUAUGGAUUACAUAUAUAUAUAUAAAACAUUAAGUAGAUAUGCUUAAAUACAUAUGAUAAAAGAUUUAUGUAGAGAAGGAUUAUUCAGUAAAUGGUGCUGAGAAAAUUAUUUAACUCUUUCGUGAAAAAUAAAAUUAGGCUUUCGUCUCAUGACCUAUAUCAUAUAUACUGAUCUAAUAUAUAUUGAUUAAAGCACAGGUUUUCAAGCUGUGUUCCAUGAACCUCCAUAUGGUUUCAUGAAGGCUGGUUCAUCAAAAACAAAGCCACAAGUUAACCCCCUCCAUCUUUUCUGAUUCACGUUCAAGAUUAGCACAAGAUUUCUUUCUUUUUUUUCUUUUAGAGGAGGUUCUACCAUUUUAAACAUAAAAUGUUUAAAAUUCACCAAAGUGGGUUUUUCCAUGGUUGAAAACACACACGCAUUUUUUGAGAGUUUGAUGAAAUGGAAGAACUCAGAAAAAAUACCUAGGAAUUUGACAUUAAAAAAAUUUAAACUAUAGGUUAAGAACAUACGGAAGUCAAGACAACAGGGAAAAUAUUUGCCCUGAUUAGGAUAGUUAUGAACUUUUAUAAGUUAAUACAAGAGAUGGAUACCAACUUUAAAAAAUGGCAAAGGACGUCAACAGAUUAAAGCAAUGAAAAUACCACUAUCAUUAACAAAAAUUGUAAUAGCU